AUGGAGAACCCUGAAAACGGGCUCAGUGCCCACCAUAGUGGCCCGGCCGAUUCUCAAACCGCAAUUUCGCGACCGUUCACGCUGCAAGAAUCUCUGCCUUACUCUCCCCAGACUUCGACCGUGCCCUUCGUUUCUGAAAUUAUCCCAGAUCCCAACAUCGGGUUUGGCUCUCCAGCCCCAUCCGUUUCCGACCUCUUUCCUCAACACGACUUCGGCCGACUGAACAGCGAGGCUCUUGGGCAGCCUCACUUGCCGAGGAACACGAAGCAGGCAGUUGACCUGGUACUGCACGAGAUAAAACCUUCGCAGAGGACACACUACAACUUCAAGUCUAUCAUUACAGGGCAAGCGACUUCUCGACCUGGUAGCCUCUCACAUGGGCUAUCCCCCAUUGCGCGAGCGGUAUACGAGAAAGUCGGUGGUUAUUUUAAGGCAACCAAGCCAAACCUUGCGAGUCCUCAAGCUGUUAGCGUCAACGGCGACAAAAGCCGGGUGGUUCCAAAGAGCGAGGUACCGUCUGGCGUCAUUGAUACCCCACCAGCAGCCACAGAUAAUCGCAAGGCACAAAGACAAAACCAGUCGAGGAUAGAGGUGCUGAUAUCCUCAAGAAGGGACUUCGAUCCAUCAGCGUAUGUUGACCCUACCGGAACUUCCUAUCCUAUUCGGGCUUCUCCUGAACCACCAAAUCGGCAACCUCUCUCGACGCUAUCUGUGACGCCGGAAGACUCGCUCAAUGCCAGCUCAGCAACUUUGGAUGCGAAUUCUAUAAAGCCUGCCUCAAUUCGGGUGGAGCUUCCAUCUUUCAAUAUUAAGAAAGACGAAUAUCUGGAGGUUGCGGUUCUACCAUCUGCCCCCGAGGAUCUUUCCGUCAGCAAGACAGCGCAACAGCUAGCAGCUGGUAAUCAAGGUCUUGUUAGUAGCGCUAGUCUUGACCAGCAACAACGAGCUGACACUGCCCUCGAAGCACUUGAGUUGCUCAUGCGCAGCGUUUUCUCAGCGGUGGGGCGUGCUCUUGGAAUGGACUCAGGAUAUGACCACGUCGUGACGCUGACCUCUGACAACACCGUCACCAUGAAUAGUGCAACGCAUCAGAAAAUCCAAAGUGCCAUCCAGAAAGCUAUUGCCCUUAAGUGUUUCAAUAGAGUUCCUGUGGAGGGCCUCCUUCAAAUUAUGAAGCUGAGCGAUGCCAGCCUGAAGCUUGCUGAUGACUUGGAUAUUCGUGUUGACGACAGUUGGGAUGAAGCUUCUAUGGAAUCGUGGGUUCAGCAGCUGCCAGAGGUUGAGCUGGGGAUGAGGGCUGCACGUACUUGCCUGCGAAUCCUAUCCGGAGGCCGAGAGGACAAGCAGCUGUACUCAGAGAACGUCAUCAAUAGAUGCGUCACCAUUUUCAAAAAUGUUACCGAAGAUAUAAUAAUUCCUCUUGUGGAGCUGCGGAACUCGGGGCCUUCUGCCAACUUGUUCAAGAUGACUUUGAAGCAUAGAAAAGCCGUGUCGUCUACGUUUCUCAGCUGCCAAAAGUUGUUUGCCUCACUAGCGGAGCUGGUUACCAAGGUGGAACUCUCAGAAACCGUUUUCAACACCCUAGAAUUCACAGCCUCUAAGCUCAUCUUCGUUGAAAACGCCUAUUUUGAAAAGGAUUCAGCAGUCGGGGUGCAGCGGUUUGAUGGUAUGCGCAGCGUUGCUAUGGACAUGCUCUGCCAAAUCUUUAUGAUCAAGCCCGAACAGCGACAAGGUAUUAUCGACGAUAUUCUUACGUCUUUGGAGAAGCUUCCUGUCGGAAAGCAGAGUUCACGACACUUCAAACUUUCCGAGGGCGGAAAUAUCCAACCCGUGUCCGCGCUGCUCAUGCGAUUGGUUCAGGCCAGCUCUGGGAUGGUUGAAGAGAAUGAAAGUGGCCGCGCGGCAGUGCUUCAGGCCAUCAAUGGUAAAGAGGACAAAAUGGACGAAGGCGAGGAAGACGAAGGAGAACUGGGGGGCGAGAGGCACAAAAAGAACCCAAUGAUGCCGUCCAUCAACAGCGAUGACCAAGGGGCGCAACAGCAUGCUGUUGCAAUCCAGGAGCUCGAGGCAGCUGCCGCCCCUCUCAGUGAAGGAGCCAGUCGAAACGCUUCCUAUAUUGUCAACUUCAUUGUGAAACGCGCCAUCGGAUCAACCAAGUCGGGUGACACGCCGUACCGCAAUCUUUUGGACCUCUUUGUUGAAGACUUUACGACAUGCCUUGAUUCUCCAGAUUGGCCAUCGGCCGAACUGUUACUGCGCCUUCUCAUGCUUAUGAUGGUACAACUAUUCGAGGCACCAAAAACUCCUGCCCCUGCGAAGAACAUGGCUCUUGAGUUGCUAGGUACCAUGAGCGCAGCGAUAUCUCGUCUCCGGUCACACGUCAAGCGGACUGCCAACUCGUUCGAAACCACAGACACCGAUGGUCUCUCGCGGUAUCUAGCGGCGCUGGCAUGCCACGUCCUUGAGCAAAAGAGCUCCUUUGAGAGCAUUGUUGCCUGGGACGGACCAUAUCGAGCUACACUGGAGUUCCUUCAGGCUCGUCUAUCAGACGACCCAUACCUAUUUAGUGCUGUUUCAUUUCUCAUCACCGACUGGGCCACUCGACUGUACAUGGGUUACGAUGUGAUUCAGGAAAACGAAGAUGAGAGAGACUGGGAGCUUGGACGCCUUGCUUACAGAUUGCGAAUGAUGAUUCAAGAUCGUCGCUGGUUGUCUAACGAGUACACUUUCAAGGCCGUGAGCUCGGUUCAAGCGAAGCUCUCCUACUCUAUCAUUUUGCUACGCUCUCCUUUCUUCGAGUCGUUUAGCAAGAUUUUGAACAUUCUACUUGGCUCCAUGGCUGGUGACCAAGCAACAGUUCGCAGCAAAAGUCUGAAGAGUAUUACUCAAGUCCUCGAAACAGACCCAUCUAUUUUGGACGGUGACUCCAUGGUAAUUCAACUCAUAUUGGAUUGUUCUAGCGAUUCCUCUACGCAAGUGAGAGAUUCCGCCCUCGGUCUUAUAGGAAGCUGCAUUACACUGAGACCAGCCUUGGAAUCGCCAUUGACGCCCAAGAUCAUUGACCGCUUCCAAGACGCUGGUGUUGGCGUCAGAAAGCGAGCCAUGAAACUUGCGCGUGAUAUUUAUCUUCGCAAUCACGACAACGCCAUUCGCAGCGCCAUAGCCAACGGCCUACUCCGACGUGUACAAGAUCCCGAUGAUACUGUCCGCGAUCUUGCCCGUCAGAUGAUUGAGGAAGUGUGGUUUGCCCCCUUCUACGGCGACGAUAACAGCGCUGCGUUCCAGACCUCUCUCACUGAGCAUGUAGCCCUGAUUAUCCAGACAGUAAAGACAGGUAGUGUCACAGAAAUUCUCGACAAGGUGUUCCAGGCUAUCCUUCGACCAAAAGAUAAAUCGUUGGAUGGCCCAUUUUCAGUUUGUUCUCACCUGGUGAACAGUAUGUUUACACUGGUUGACAGUGGAGAGUCGGAAGAAGGACGUCCAGCAGGCCGUGAUGCUCUGCAGGUGCUCACAAUCUUUGCCAAGGCGGAUCCUAAAUUAUUCAACCUUGAACAGAUCCGGCUUCUUAAACCCCAUCUCGCAACUUUCAGUGGUGUCGAUGAGUUGGCAGCAUUCCGAGCAGUUACCGUUAUUUACAAACGCGUACUUCCCCAGCUACCCACUGUCAACUCAGAGUUCCUAACCGACAUUCGUCUUCAACUCUUGAAGGGCGUCGGAAAGAUUUCUUCCCGCGGCGCUCUGGAUGAUCUCAUUGCGUGUACCAAAGUAACUUGUGAUUUACUAAAUAAUUUUGCACCUUUGGCAAACUUGGUCGCGUCAGGUUUACUGGGCAUUCAAAAGCUAGGAGCAGGAGCCGCGGUGCUGGAUAGCAAGAGGAUUAAUCAUCUCUGUGCUUACGCCAUCAUUGUUGGCAGUGUUGGCAAGCAUUGCGACCUGGACCAACAGAUGCAAGUAUUCAAGGCCCGGUUCCCCAAAUGGCAGGGAGAUUCGGUCCCUCGACUGAUUGUGGAUGUACUGAUUCCAUUUGCCUCGCCUUCGCAGCCAUUGGAGGCACGCAAGGCAUCCCUUGAGGCGAUUGGUCUGGUUUGCCAAUCCUGGCCGAGAAAUUACGUCUUGGCUAAGGUCUACACAGCUUUCCAACAGGUUUUCCAGGAAGAGUCUCCUGUUCUCGAGACCAUGAUACUGAAGUCUUUCAAGGAAUUUCUUCUUACAGAAGAGAGACGGUCUGAAGCUGCUGCCGAGUCCGGCGCGAAAGAGAAGAAGCGAGAGCUGACGGUCAUGGGAGGAACUAACUUUGACGAUGUUGCCAGCGCUACCACGCAAAGGUUUCUCAAAGAUAUUACGCGAAUUGCUCUAGCAAGCCAAGACGAACUUGCAUUUUUAGCAAUGGAAGUACUGGGCAGUAUUAACCGCCAAGGUCUGACGCAUCCCAAGGAAACAGGAAUCACAUUGAUGACGCUGGAGACAUCUUCGAACCGGAAAAUUGCAGAGCUGGCAUUUAUGGAACAUCGGUCUCUACACGAAAAGCACGAAACAGUGCUUGAAAGGGAAUACGUCAAGGCCAUACAGUCAGCAUACAACUACCAGCGAGAUAUUGUCAAAGACUCUCACGGAGCGAUUCCUGACGUCUUCCAGCCCAAGCUGCAUCUUAUGAUGGAAGUCUUGAAGAUCAGUAAGAUGAAGAACAGGCAGCGCUUUUUAGAGAAGCUGUGUAGCCAAGUCAACUUUGACAUUGCGCAGCUGGACGCGAAGCCAGAGAUGCCACCGCACCUGGAUUUCGCCCGGUUCAUCAUCGAAAACCUCGCCUUCUUCGAAUACCAAACGGUUGGAGAACUCCAAACAGUCGUGAAUACAAUGGAGAAGAUUGUAAGCACGACCGGUGCAGCAGUAGCCCAUUUGAUUGAGUCCGAAGUAUUCGACGUGCGCCUCGACUUGGAUCAGACAGAGCAAGACCAGGUUACCGACCAGCUGAUGAGCGAGACCGUUGAAGCCCAUGCAAGCGCAGAGGGAGCGCCUCUGGUCGGUGUCAAGGUGGACCCAAAUCGACUUCGCCAGCUAACGACUGGGGCUAUCAUCCUGUCUUGCCUCUGGGAAGCUCGCACGCAUCUUCGACGUCUCUAUGGUAUGGGGACUAAUCGACACGAUAGCAAAGCGAAGGCGCUCGCGAAAGACCUGAACAAAAUGCCACUGAAGGUCCAAGGAGUUCAUGGAGAGCGAUUCUGGGAUGAGGUGACAUCACACUUUAGCAGCCUGGAGUCGAUUAACAAGAUGGCUCAGAAAUGUAAGGUCUUUGUGGAGCUCAUGAACGUCGACAAGGAGCUCAAGGUGCAAGACGACGAUGAGGAGAUGGCAUUGGAUGGACCAAGCACCCCACCAAGCGACGGCGAAGAGGGAGAAGAAGAAGCACCCGAAAGGGGCCGCAAGAGAAAAGGCUCAGGCACUCCCGGAGGCCGAAAGAAGCGUGCACGUUCGGGAUCUCAGCCACGCAAACGAGGCCGGACAAAUAAAUCAGGGGCUUCACGCGAUGAUGACGAAGAUAUGGAAUGGAUUUAG